AUGCCUUACGAUACGUUCCACCUCUUCCCCCAGCUACCCACCGAGCUACGUCUCCAAGUCUGGGCGGCGAGUUUUCCCGGGCCCCGCGUCCUGGAGGUCACUUGGGAUCAGGAAUGGACCUGCGUGCGCGAGAGCCGGCCCGCGUUGAACUUCUCCAUGUGCGCGACCCGCGAGGCGCGGCGGCUUUUCCUAGAGAGCUGGGCGCCGUUGUGCGCGCAGCAGCAGCAGCAGCAGUCUUCGGAUGAUCCCGCGGAGGAGGAGGAGGAGGAGGAGGCGACGGUGGUGGUGGUGGCUGCUUACUUCAAUCCUCGCAUCGAUACGCUGUAUAUCGGCGCGGUGACGCAGCUUCCAUCGCCGUUGUCGGCGGAAGCCCUCAGUGCGUUGACAGCGAUCGACUGUGUGCGCGAGCUGCGCUUCCUGGCCGUGGAGAUCCGGGAGUGGUGGAAUUUCGGCUUGGACUUUACUCCUACCACGGAAUGGGAGCUGGAUGUCUUCGCGCGAUUUGGGAAGUUGGAAAAGCUCAUCAUCGCUGAUUAUGAUAUUGACUGGAUGUGGCUCGAUAGGGGCCAGACGCGCCCGCUUGGAGAGAUCGAGUUGGUGGAGCCGACGCAGAUUGAUCCGAAGAAUCAGGAGGAGAUGUGUGUGGACAUGCUGCAGAAAUUCAAGGACAUUGCGAAACGACAUCCGGAUAUGAGAUUGCCGGCUGUGACGGUGAAGGAGGUGCUGAGGGGUGGUAGUCUCGCAGAGAUUACGAGGGAAUGGCUGGAGUAUCAGCGUGUGGACGCCCUUGAGGCGUUUGGACACCCAUACCUGAGAGGAUCCUUUAUCGGUCGUGGCCCAAUAACCAAGAAAGUUCAAGUAAUUGAGCCUGACCUAGGAUCCCCUACAAGAUUCACAUCCUCGGUCUUCGAACUUGACCGACCGGUGCAAGUGAAGGGUGUCACGAGUGCAUCUUAUCGUCAGGGGAUACUGGGCAAAUAUCCGUUCUUCUCUUUCAUCGUCCUCGGAGUCCUCGAUAGCAUCCCCCCAUACUUCGUCCUGGAGGAACCAGCUACUCAAAAGCCAAACAUAAUGACCCUCUUUCCCCUCAUAUCCAGCCCCAGCAUCGCCAUUUGA